CAUGGUUCUCAAGUGCACUGCUGUGUCUCACACUCUCUCUGCACACAGAGGGAGUAGCCAUUGUACUGGAAAGAAUGUCUCAAGCACUCACCAGAGGAUGGUGUUGAGGGAGAUAUGGACAGCGGCGCUCUAUACCAUUUUCAUGUUGUUGGUGUUUGGAUCAGAAUUACUGACAGGUUUUGAGAACCUGCCAGCUCCCCAGAACGUCCUCCUGUCCUCCAUAGACAUGAUCCAUCUGCUGAGGUGGAGCCCCGUCCUUGUGUCCGGAGGCAGCGUCAGAUACACUGUGGAGUUCCAGGGGGAGCAUGAGCGGGAAUACAGGAAUGGAAUGUGGCAGGAGGUGUUGGAGUGUCUGGACAUUGUCCACCCUGUCUGCAACGUGACUGCUGACAUCUCCUCGAACGUCGACUAUGACCUCAGAGUCAGGGCCUACCAGGAGGAGCGAGUCUCACCAUGGGCUUCCAUCAAGAACAUGUUUAACAGACAAGACACUGUCCUGACUGUACCAGUCUUCAAUGUGACUGCCAGAAAGGAAUUCCUACAAGUUGACUUCACAGAAAUGCCCAAAUCCAUUGUUUUUGUCCUCAAGUACUGGCCAAAGGGUGCAGAACACCAGGCGGUCCAGGUGACCUCAGAGCAGAACCCCUUUGUCCUGGUCCAGAUUGAGGAGGGGGUCACGUACUGCCUCCAGGCCUGGACCCAUGUGGAGGUCAUUCACAAGAGCAGCAACGUCAGUGAGCUCCAGUGUGUCUCCAUUCCCAGCACCUUGCCCCCCUGGGUGGCCCCCACUGCAGUCACUGUCUCCUUGAUUGUGGUCAUUGUGGUGUCUCUAUUCUUGCUGGUCGCCCUCCAGAAGCAUUUACACCUAAUAAAGUAUUUCUGCUGCCCCAAGGAGAUGUUACCAGACUCACUGGAUGUAGAUACCUGCAGAGUUAAGCUAUACGGUGAGAAGACCACCAGUGAACUCUGUGACCCCGUCUUGAUCCAGCCUGAAAUAACACUGUGAACUCAAGAGACUGAAAAAAGCUUGAAGAACCUGGUCCCGCGCAGAAAGCUGUUACCUGGUCGACAGCAAUGGAGACUUAAGUCCUUUAUUUAUUCAGAUCCACAAUAUCGCAGGACAGGCUUUCUACACAAACUAGAACGUCUCCUGCAAGGAUGUAAAUACAAAUCUACUUUAUCGUUUUGAUUAUAUUUAUUGUCUUUUUUUUUUACUGUAUAUAAGAAAAUGAAAAGACACAUGUUAAAAACUUCCUGUUCGUUACCAAACAAGUUUGUUAAAGUGGUUGAAUUCACGCAGGUGCAGCUGGCAUCUCUCCAUGACUUUCACAGUGAUGUUUAAUGCCGGUCUUGUUUUAUCUGUUGAGGUUGAGAGCAGUCUCACAUUUUGGGAGUACAAAUUCUCAAUUAUUGCAGUUUUUUGCAGUAAAUUCAAAACUGAUGUAAAUAAAAGCAGUUUUUUUCUUUUUUUUCUUAUGAGAUCACAGAAUUAGGUUUUCUUCGGGAGGACGAGCAGUCAAUUUUUAUUUUCUUGGAAAGAUGUGCCAGCAAAGUGUCAGACAAACCAAGAUACAGUCUACAGUCACUUUAAAAGCAAGUGACUUAUUUGAUCAUGACUCAUUGUUUUAGAAUAUAAAUUAGAAGGGUAAAUCCUGGGGUCGUAUGGAACAUUGACAUAUUUGUAUUACUCUUACCAGCUCAAAAAUGUAAACCUUAAAUAAUUAUUACUAUCUUAUAUAACACUAUACUGUUGAGAUAGUGGUAAACAUUCGCUGACCAUAACCCUACGGUAUGUUGCACAUUUGAAAAACAAAACAGGAAACAAGAUCAAAAUCGUCAAACCCUGAACCAAUCCUCUCUCUUUUUCUGAACAGUGUUUGUAAAUCGUAUUUCACUUUUACAGUUAAAAUGUGUGUUGGAUUAAAUUUUGUUUACUGGUCAAUACAAGACUUUACAUCAAGCCAGUAUUUGAAUAUUUGGGUAUAAUUCAUUAUGUUAAAUUGUCAUUUGAAAUUACGAUGCAGUGCUUUGUUAUUGUGUGUAUUUUAAAAUGUUAAUUUAAAAAUAAGUAAAUAAAAGCAAAAACACAA